CUCACUGCCAUGUCCUACGACCGCUACGUGGCCAUCUGCAAGCCCCUGCACUAUGGGAACCUCCUGGGCAGCAGAGCUUGUGUCCACCUGGCAGCAGCUGCCUGGGGCACUGGGUUUCUCACUGCUCUGCUGCACACAGCCAAUACAUUUUCACUGCCCCUGUGCCGAGGCAAUGCUGUGGAGCAGUUCUUCUGUGAAAUACCACAGAUCCUCAAGCUCUCCUGCUCACACUCCUACCUCAGGGAAGUUGGGCUUCUUGUGGUUGCUGCCCUGAUUGCUGUUGGCUGUUUUGUUUUCAUUGUGGGGUCCUAUGUGCAGAUCUUCAGGGCUGUGCUGAGGAUGCCCUCUGAGCAGGGACGCCACAAAGCCUUUUCCACGUGCCUCCCUCACCUGGCCGUGCUUUCCCUCUUUGUCAACACUGCUGUCUUUGCCUACCUGAAGCCCCCCUCCAUCUCCUCCCCAUCCCUGGAUCUGGUGGUGUCAGUGCUGUACUCGGUGGUGCCUCCAGCAGUGAACCCCCUCAUCUACAGCCUGAGGAAUCAGGAGCUGAAGAAUGCUGUGAGGAAGCUGAUGACCAGAUGUGUUUCAGCAGAUAUACACUGCUUGCUUUACCCUGGACAGGGCUUCCAGUGUAGGUCACGACAGGCCAUGCCUGUCUUUCCUGCUUUACAUUUGUUUUCCUAUUUCAAUUUGUGAUGAUGUUGUCUUCAUAGAAAUGUCAGUUUUCA